CUGAAAAAUGACAGUACUCCUCCACCAGUUUCAUUGUGAAAGUCAAUCUUUCUACCGUUAGAUCUUUCCUUCAGGAGUAAAAUAUCCUGCAGGGCCUUUGUGAUGCAACCUGCUCAGUAAGGUCGGUGGCUCCUGAUUGUUUACCCCUCACACCCAACUCUGUUGCUGGAGGAAUCUGGAGAGGGGUGGUCCCUGCGAUGAUGUUCUCACAAAGUCCACAGUGUCCAGACCAUCCUGUGCACACACCUACAGUCCCACCCCUUCCCUCCCCCCCUGCGCUCCCCUAUACUCCUCUCCUGCUCCUCUGCCGGGCGAUUCACUCGUUUGAAGUCACUGCUCGAGGAGUUUUCGGAGACGCUUUUCAUUUUUCCUGUCGGACAGUCAUCCCCACAGCCACCAUGGUUCACAGCAUCAGCAUGUGCAGAGUGUUCCUGCUGAUGAUCCUCGGCCUCCUGGUCGCCUUCGUUCACACAGAGACAGUCGCAGACCCGGCCUCAACGACCAGGGACAACCAGGACACCAUGUCAGGGGAGCCACCCAGUGACGUCACCACCAGAGACCCCUUCCAGGACAUGACAGAGCAGUCCUUCACCAAUGACUACGAGGACGCCACACACUCCCAGGCCAUGGACGAGGAGGAAGGGGUGCUGGGGCCGGGCGCCAUCACAGCCAUCGUCAUAGCAGUCUUCCUGGGAGCAUCUGUCCUCCUCGCCCUCAUCGUCAUCACACUGAGGAAGUUCACCGCAUCCUAGAGUGAACGUGUCCCAUCUUGUGUGUGUGUUUGUGUAUGCGUGUGUGUGUGUGUGUGUGUGUGUAUGGACGUUUGGGUGUUUGUGUGUAUUCUGCCUCUCAUCUCAAUCUUUAACCUCCUAUCUCUCCUCUGAGCUGCGUCUUUCCCUUCCCUGUAGAUGCUGAACAUUGUGGCAGGUCCCUCGACUGACUAUUUUACAGAUUUACUCCUGUAAACACACACUCACACACACACUCUCAAUAACUGUUCCUGAAGGUAUGAUGUUGGAAACUGGCUGGCUCUUCCAGUGGAAACUGUAGCUCGUCCAUGUCAUUUUUAUUUUUUGCGUGCAUGCUCUAGAGGCCUUUUAAUGUUUGUGAGCAUUUAGUUUGUCUUGAGAGUUUGCUUCUCUUUGUACAUGAAGUGUGUGUGUGUGUGUGUGUGUGUGUGUGUGUGUGUGUGUGUGUGUGUGUGUGUGUGUGUGUGUGUGUGUGUGUGUGUGUGUGUGUGUGUGUGUGUGUGUGUGUGUGUGUGUUGCUGGGGUCAUUAGUCUUUCAAAGAGUUUACCUUUCGCUGAAUAUCAUUUCUGAAAUAUUCCCCUUGGUGUCAGCCAUGUACACGUUUUGAAGUUUGUGUUGAACCAUGUACAAACAUUUGUUGAGUCAGAAUAAGAAGAGAGCACUUUUUCUAAAAGGCUCCUUCACUGAAUGUGAACAGGGUCAUUUGUUUUACCUGCAGAGCAAACAGGAAGUCACAGUGUGGGUGAAUGUGUGUUGUGCUCUCAAGUGACUGUAGUUUUUUUCUGUUGUUUUAGUAAAAUAUUUUUUUCUUUUUUCGUUCGCCUCCGAGCCCGCGGCGGUACAGCUGGAUGUUGCCAUGGUGACUUCACCACCUGAUGUUUUUCGUUUAUUUUAUUUUUGAGAUUUAAAACUGAAAAGUGAAUCCAAUAAACCACGUGCCAAAUG